ACAGCUACAACAGCAGCAGCAGCAUCUGUGAAGGCGGCAGUCGCACUUUGAUGAAUAACGCUUCCAGCUCUUACAGUAAUUUGUUGCAGUCAUUGUUGCUAUAUUAAAGUACUUAGUGGUUUUAGUGUAAAUUUUGUGAUAAAUGUUUAUUGUUGUUAUUGAGUAGAACUUCUGUUGGCGUGAAUACUCACUACUCGUUGUUGCAGUUGUUAGUGUUGUAAUUGUUUUUGUUGAAAAAAUCGCUUGUGUUAGUGAAAGUGUGGUGAUAAAAACAACAAAUUUCGAAAAAAAUUUCUUGCUACUCUACAUACUAACACGCACAGUUACUGGACAUAAAGCCGCUUGCCGCUUGCCACAAAGCUUGCAACUAUUUUCGCCUACCUGGGAUACAAAGCCUACCUGCGCUAUCUGAGUCCAGACCGAGAGGAGAAGAUGUCGAUCAAUCCACACGGGUACAAAUUGUCCGAUAAAACGGCACGACUCACGGCGCAUGAUCUUUUGCCGACAACAGUCAGUGCUACCGCUGAGACGCGAGAGUUCCUUCAAAAGGUCAUUGAUGUACUAUUGGACUUCGUAAAGGCGACUAACGAUCGCAAUGAGAAAGUGCUGGAAUUCCAUCAUCCAGAGGAAAUGAAGACGCUUAUAAACUUGGACUUACCUGAUCGGGGUGUGACGUUGCAGCAACUGAUUGAAGACUGUGCCACGACACUGAAAUAUCAAGUGAAAACUGGACAUCCACACUUCUUCAAUCAGCUUUCAUGUGGACUGGACAUCAUCUCCAUGGCUGGCGAGUGGUUGACUGCAACUGCCAAUACCAACAUGUUCACAUACGAGAUUGCUCCCGUUUUCAUAUUAAUGGAGAAUGUGGUUCUUUCGAAAAUGCGCCAAAUCAUUGGCUGGGAUGGUGGAGACUCUAUUCUGGCACCCGGUGGCUCGAUCUCCAACUUGUAUGCAUUCUUGGCUGCACGCCACAAAAUGUUCCCCAACUACAAGGAACAUGGAGCCGCUGGUCUGCCCGGACAAUUGGUCAUGUUCACCUCUGAUCAGUGUCACUACUCGGUGAAAUCAUGCGCUGCCGUUUGUGGCCUAGGCACGGAUCAUUGCGUUAUGGUGCCCUCUGAUGAGCGCGGCAAAAUGAUCACGUCGGAGUUGGAGCGUUUGAUAUUGGAGCGAAAGGCCAAGGGGCACAUUCCCUUCUUCGUGAAUGCCACCGCCGGCACCACAGUAUUGGGUGCCUUUGACAACAUCAACGAGAUAGCAGAUAUUUGCCAGAAGUACAACUGCUGGUUGCACGUGGAUGCUGCAUGGGGUGGUGGUCUGCUCUUGUCACGCAAAUAUCGUCAUCCUCGACUUUCUGGCAUUGAGCGAGUUGACUCGGUCACCUGGAAUCCACAUAAAUUAAUGGGCGCCUUAUUGCAAUGCUCCACAAUACACUUUAAGGAGGAUGGACUACUGAUUAGCUGUAAUCAGAUGUCGGCUGAGUAUCUUUUCAUGACCGACAAGCAGUACGACAUCAGCUACGACACAGGCGACAAGGUCAUCCAGUGCGGCCGCCACAACGACAUCUUCAAAUUGUGGCUGCAGUGGCGCUCGAAAGGUAAUGAGGGAUUCGAACGUCAACAGGACCGUUUGAUGCAACUCGCAGAGUACCAAGUAAGACGUAUCAAGGAGCAGCCCGACCGCUUCUAUUUGAUACUCGAGCCGGAGUUGGUCAACGUUUCUUUCUGGUACAUACCAAAACGCUUGCGCGGCGUGCCACACGACAAGAAAAAGGAAGUGGAAUUGGCAAAGAUCUGCCCCAUCAUCAAGGGACGCAUGAUGCAGAAGGGCACAUUGAUGGUUGGCUAUCAGCCGGACGAUCGCCGGCCAAAUUUCUUCCGCUCGAUCAUCUCGUCUGCCGCAGUGACCGAGCAAGAUGUUGACUUUAUGUUGGACGAAAUGCAUCGGUUAGGUGACGAUUUGUAAGCGAACAAGGUCUCUGAACCCGAUGGAUCGCAAUUGGAAUUAAGCAGAUAAAUGGCGCCACUUGCAGUUCAAUUCAUCACAGAGCUGUAGGCAAUGCGUCGGAGGUGAAAAUAAAUAGUUCAAUUAAUAAAAAACAUAAAAAAAGAGCAUUCGAAAAAACUAGAAAUUAUUAUUUAGCGAAAAUCUAUAUCAACCAAGAACUAUCUUUAAGGUAAAAGCAUAUCAAAGGAAUGAUGUUCGCGUUCAAGCAGCGCAUACAUUUUCAUUCUACACUUACUGUAUGUAUGUAUGUAAUUAGUUGUUAUUAUUCUAAGCACUAUACAUAUAUACACAAAUAUAUAUAUAUACUCAUGCACUUCUGCAAGUACUACAUACUUAUGUGCUGUAGUAAACAUUGUUAAGUAUUAACGAAUUCAUUUUACAUAAUUAACUGUUUCAACUGUUGUUGUUAUUGUAUGCCUGAGACUUUAAUCAUCGUUUUGUUAGUAUGCUAAACACAAAAACCUAUACAAACUAUACAUAUACAUAUAUAAAUAAACUUGCAUAUAAAUACUAAUAUAUUUACACAUAAUUAAAUAUGUAUGCUGAAUAUUAGGAAGAGAUAAAGAGAAGAGAAUCUCGAAGGAGCAACUAUAAAUCCCCGACCUCGUUGUCAAUUACAUCUAUAUUAGUUAAACGGUGCACACUCUACGCAGAGCUUUCUCUCACGAAGCCAAAUGCAUUCAUACUCACUUGCAUGUAUGUAUAUGUAUGUAUAUGCACGUGUACAUAUGCGUCUACUUAGGUACAUAUGUUUGGUUGGUUGUGCGUGCGUUUGUUCGUGUGAGAUCUGUAGGUUGAGCGAACCGGACAAGAAUAGAAAGUUAUUUAACUUAAUGAUAUGUAUAUCAAAAAGCUGUUUAUAUAGAAUUACCUAUGUAUGUAUAUUUCAUUAAAAUGUGACAGCCAUGAAAAAUGUAUAAAUUUUGAACUUAUUGCAAUAAAAAAUAUAGGAACGAA